AAGCUUUCGAGGUCACCAAGCAACAAUUCUGUUAAGAUUUGGGAUGUUGAGUCGGCAACCAAGUGUCGUGGCAGUUCAUCUCAAUCAAAGGAUCGCCUUGGAUCCCUUUGCUUUGAGAGAUAUGAUUCGGCGUCUCCUUACUGGAGGUCCCCACUUAUGGAGAAGGUAAUAAUAACAACUAAAUGCAUGUUUUUUUCUUGACUGAUUUGUUAUUAUUGACGAUAAUUCAUGAUAUCAUAUGAAUGUUUGUUUUAGGUUGCUGAACUGGCUGUAGAUUUUAAAGGACUUAUGACUCUGAAAAGCAUUGAACUUUCUCCUGCAAGUUGGAUGGCCAUUGCAUGGUAUCCUAUUUACUAUAUACCAAAUGAAAGACAUCUGGAGGAUUUGAAUACAUCUUUUCUGACAUAUCAUACAUUGUCCUCAUCUUUCCAGGAUUCCAUUGUGCAUGAAUACUCGGAACAAAAGGUGGCAAAAAACAAGAACAGUUGUUUCACAACCCUUCCUCCAUUUGGGCUGGCUUCUUAUCGUUUGAAAAGAGAUGUUUGGGUAAAUGAAAAAUUUGCUGAUGGCGAUAGGAUGUUGAACUUGCAUAGUGCGGCUAACUCCUGGCUGAAGCAACUCUCGGUCCAACACCAUGAUUUCAAUUUCUUUACUCAAAACUCUCUCGAAACUGGUGGGAUCGCAACUCCUCCUGUUGCUUCUUCUAGCAGGCCUUGA